AUGAUUUCCGUGACAAAGAAAAGUAGUGUUGACAUAAAGGAUUGGUUUUAUGAAACUGGAUCAAGAAAUAGUUUACCGGAAUCCUGGGAUGAAUUCAAAUUACGAAUUAUUGAUUUGUGUAUUGAACAAGUACUUGAUUCACUGUAUAGAUACACAAAUGAACCAUGGAGUAAGUACGUCGAAAGAAUACGUGAUAAAGCUAUAUCUACAAAUGCAAGUAAUGAACAAGUCUUUAAGACGCUGCGACGCGAGAACUCCCCGGAAAUUUUUAGAAACAUGUUUUACACCUUUGAGGAUUUGGAGAAACCUGCAAAGACUUCGAUGGAGUAUUAG